AGGAUAUCAACACAAGAGUGGCUUCAUUAUGCAUAGAUUUCCUCUGUGAGAACGUCAACCUGAUUUUUGAGACUUUUUGAAAAAAUUCUUUGUGAACUACAGAGGGUAGAGGUAUCACACCCAACUAUGAAGAUCAGCAUCCUGCUCAUGUUCCUUUGGGGAUUAUCCUGUGCUCUCCCAGUAACCAGGUAUCAAAAUAAUGAAUCUGAGAGUUCUGAAGAAUGGAAGGGUCAUUUGGCUCAGGCACCAACACCACCCUUGGAGAGCAGUGAGUCAUCAGAAGGAAGUAAAGUUAGCUCAGAGGAACAGGCAAAUGAAGACCCCAGUGACAGCACUGAGUCAGAGGAGGGCCUGGGCUCUGAUGAUCAUCAAUACAUUUAUAAGCCAGCUGGUGGCUUCUCCAGGAGCACAGGAAAAGAAGGAGACGAUAAAGAUGAUGAUGAAGAUGACAGUGGAGAUGACACCUUUGGCGACGACGACAGUGGCCCAGGGCCUAAAGACAGACAAGAAGGAGGAAACUCCAGACUGGGAAGUGAUGAGUACUCUGAUGACACCAUACAAUCCAGUGAAGAUGGUGCCCCACAAGGGCAAGACAGUGCCCAAGAUAUAACCAGUGAGAGCAGGGAACUUGACAAUGAGGACCAGGUGGACAGCAGGCCUGAGGGAGGUGACCCCACUCAAGAGAGUGAGAGUGAAGAGCACUGGGUGGGAGGUGGCAGUGAUGGGGAGAGCAGCCAUGGAGACGGCUUCGAGUUGGACGAUGAGGGAAUGCAGAGUGAUGACCCAGACAGCAUCAGGAGAGAAAGGGAAAACUCCAGAAUGAACAAUGCAGGCAUGAAAUCAAAAGAAUCUGGAGAAAACAGUGAGCAAGCAAACACUCAAGAUUCAGGUGAAAGCCAAUUGCUGGAGCAUCCCAGUAGGAAAAUUUUUAGGAAGUCUCACAUCUCAGAGGAAGAUGACAGAGGCGAGCUUGAUGACAACAACACAAUGGAAGAAGUCAAGAGUGACUCUACAGAAAACAGCAACUCCAGAGACACUGGCCUCAGCCAACCCAGGAGAGACGGCAAAGGUGACUCUCAAGAAGACAGCAAGGAGAAUCUGUCCCAGGAAGAGAGCCAAAAUGUAGAUGGUCCCAGCAGUGAGUCCAGCCAAGAGGUCAACCUGUCGUCUCAAGAGAACAGCAGUGAGUCUCAGGAAGAGGUGGUGAGUGAGUCCAGGGGAGAUAACCCCGACCCCCCAACUAGUCAUGUAGAAGACCAGGAAGACAGUGACUCCAGCGAGGAGGACAGCUCGCACACACUCUCCCACUCAAAAAGUGAAUCCAGAGAGGAGCAAGCAGACAGCGAAUCCAGUGAGAGCCUCAGCUCCUCGGAGGAAAGCCCGGAGUCCCCCGAGGAUGAGAACAGCUCUAGCCAGGAGGGCCUCCAGUCUCACAGCACCUCAGCAGAGAGUCAGAGCGAGGAAAGCCAUUCUGAGGAAGACGACAGUGACUCUCAAGACAGCAGCAGAUCCAAAGAAGACAGUAACUCCACGGAGAGCAAAUCAAGCAGUGAGGAAGACGGCCAGUUGAAAAACAUUGAGAUAGAGAGCCGGAAAUUAACAGUUGAUGUCUAUCACAACAAACCCAUUGGGGAACAAGAUGACAAUGACUGCCAAGACGGCUAUUAGCAUCAGCUGUCCUAAGAAGCAGCUGUCACAUAAAGGAGUCUUAGGGGCUUGAAAGUGUAUCAUGAUAACCAUAAUUUAUUGUGUUUUGAUCAAAAGAAUAACCAGAUGCCAUUUUUUUCCUGAAAGGAAUUGCUGGACAUUACACUUGUUUCUAGGGUGUCAUCAUUUCAUAGAGGUUUAAAUACUGUGGAGUGACACCAGAACACAUCCAAAGAGGCUAGAAGCAAGAAAGGAUCUGCACGAUAACUUUGCAGCUGAGAUAGUUGCUAACUCAUCAACCUAACAAACAAAGCUACUGGGUGUCCAUGAUGUACCAGGCACUAUGUUAGAUGUUGAGAAUGUAAAGCAGGUUAAGACUUGUUUCUUGCUCCUGAGGAGCGUAUAGAAGGAUCCACAAAGCUACAGAAUUAAAGAUGGAUAUGUAUAAGAGAAACAAGAAUUGUUACAACCCAGUAUGGUGAGUGCCAAGACAGAGCUAUGAACACAAUAUCUGUCUGGGAGCACUGAGAAGGGUGACCAAUGCAUUGGAGAACGAGGGAGGGCUUCACAGCAGAAGACACUGGAGUUGGAAGGUUGCAUAGGGCUUCCUCAUUGGAGACUGGGGAAUUCUAUUCUUGGGAUAAAUAAUAGUAAAUUCCAUAGGAUUAAAUACUUAGUUUGCAAAAGCACUUUGAAAUUAUGGCACAGUGAGUUGUUUUGGAUAAGAAAAUCUUUUUCUCCCAAUUAAUUUACCAAUUCACCAUUUUUUUUUUGUAGAACUCCCAUAAACAUCACCUUACUGAUCACUGGUGAUGAUAAGAAGGAUUGGGUCGGGAAGAGUGGGAGAAAGAAAUUCCUCUUUACAUAGAUACUUUUUAGCUUUAUUUUUUCUAAAAUCAGUUUGUGUGCAAUGCUAGAAAAAAACUGUUCUCUGAGUCCUUUACAGAGAAAAAGUCUGUAUAUAAGAUUCAAUUGAUUUUUGCCAAAUACCAUUUGAAAUAUUACCUCAACAUAAAAUACUUGUUUUGUAAUAAAGAUUAUAAUACCCAGAA